GGAGGGCGUUAGCAAUGGCGAUGGCGAUGGGGUCGCCCUGUCAUCACUUUCAGAAGGGGAAUUAGAGGAAUACGAGGUCGAAGGAGGGAGAAAAGGAGGUGGAGACGGAGACGGAGGUGGGAGUAUGAGUUACGAGCAGGCGGCUCAGCUGGUGGUGUGGGUCAUGGACCGAGCGGAGGUACUGCGCAGGAAGGUCCGCGGCGCCCUCCGCCGCACCUACCGGGACCACCCGGGCGGCCUAGAGACGCUGGACUACACCCUCUGUGUGGCCCCCCUGGCUGCUGCCGUACUGGCUGAGAGGGACAGGCGGCUGUACGACAAUAAGACCAGUAACGGCGGGACUAGCAGCCAGCAAGGGGGGUUGGAAGCCGCUGCGGCGGCGGCGGCAGCCACCGCUCCUGUGUCGGCUGGUAGCGGCUCUCCUGCUAACAGUUAUGCGGAUGACGAG